AUGAAUAAAUAUGAAAUAAUAAAGGAAGCAAAUAGAAUAAUAGACACAGGACUGUCUAAUGAACAAUUGUCACAUUGUAUAGAAUUAAUAAUGAACAGAGAUGUGUCCUGUGAUGGCGUUAUAAGUAUGCUUAAGGAGUUAAGUAAAUAUAAAUAAAGAAACAAGUGCU